CCCCGCGGGUCCGCGGCACGAGCGGCGGACACGCCGCCGGUUCGCUUCGGCUCUUUGUCCGCAUCGAGGAGGCAUCAUGACGACGGGGCAGGACGAGAGCUCCGUCCGGGUGGCGCUCAGGAUUCGCCCCCAGCUGGCCCGGGAGAAGAUCGAGGGAUGCCACAUCUGCACGUACGUGAUGCCCGGAGAGCCGCAGGUCAUCCUGGGCAAAGACAAGGCCUUCACCUACGACUACGUGUUCGACAUGGACUCCCAGCAGGACGCCAUCUACGACUCCUGCACCCAGAAGCUGAUCGAGGGCUGCUUCCAGGGCUACAACGCCACCGUCUUCGCUUACGGACAGACGGGCUCAGGGAAGACGUACACCAUGGGCACCGGCUUCGACGUCAACAUCUCGGAGCAGGAGCUGGGCAUCAUCCCCCGAGCCGUGCACCACCUCUUCAGGGGCAUCGAGGAGCGGCGGCAGGCCGCCCAGGAGCAGGGCCGCCCGCCGCCCGAGUUCAAGAUCAACGCCCAGUUCCUGGAGCUUUAUAACGAGGAGGUCCUGGACCUGUUCGACACCGCGCGAGACAUGAAGCAGAAAUCCCACAUCAAGAUCCACGAGGACGCCAGCGGCGGGAUCUACACGGUGGGCGUGACCACGCGGACCGUGUCCUCCGAGGCCGAGAUGAUGCAGUGCCUGAAGGUGGGGGCUCUGUCGCGCACCACGGCCAGCACCCAGAUGAACGUGCAGAGCUCCCGGUCCCACGCCAUCUUCACCAUCCACCUGUGCCAAGUCCGAGUCUGUGCCUCCGACAGUCAGGAAGACGACGCCGACAACAGGGUCUCCAACGGAAACUCCGAGAUGGACGAGUACGAGACGCUGACGGCAAAGUUCCACUUCGUGGAUCUGGCCGGUUCCGAGAGGCUGAAGAGAACCGGAGCGACGGGCGACCGAGCCAAAGAGGGGAUCUCCAUCAACUGCGGCCUGCUGGCUCUGGGGAAUGUAAUCAGCGCUCUGGGCGACCGGAGCAAGCGGGCGUCUCACGUGCCUUACCGAGACUCCAAGCUCACCCGACUGCUGCAGGACUCGCUGGGAGGGAACAGCCAAACUGUGAUGAUCGCCUGCAUCAGCCCGUCGGAUCGCGACUUCAUGGAGACGCUCAACACGCUGAAGUACGCCAACCGGGCGCGGAACAUCAAGAACAAGGUGAUGGUGAACCAGGACAAGGCCAGCCAGCAGAUCAGCGCGCUGCGGACGGAGAUCGCCCGUCUGCAGAUGGAGCUGAUGGAGUACAAGACGGGGAAGCGUCUGGCCGGCGAGGACGGCGUGGAGAGCUUCAGCGACAUGUUCCACGAGAACGCCAUGCUGCAGACGGAGAACAGCAACCUGAGGGUGAGGGUGAAGGCCAUGCAGGAGACCAUCGACGCCCAGCGGGCCCGGCUCACCCAGCUGCUCAGCGAGCAGGCCAGGCAGGACCUGGCCCGGGCAGGUGAAGGAGGCAGCGAGGAAAUCGGAAACAUGAUUCAGGGUUACAUCAAAGAAAUCGAAGACCUUCGAGCCAAGCUGCUGGAGAGCGAGGCCGUCAAUGAGAACCUGAGGAAGAACCUGUCCCGGGCCUCCAGCCGCCAGGCCUUCUACGGGGGGCCCGGCCCCUUCGGCUCCUCGCUGCUGGCCCCCGAGAAGGAGACGUCCGACAUCAUCGAGCUGGCCAAGAAGGACCUGGAGAAGCUGAAGAAGCGCGAGAAGAAGAAGAAGAAAAGCUCCAGCAAAGAAGACGUUCCUGACAACGAGCAGGAGAAGGAGCUGAUGGAGCGGGCCGGCGAGGACACGGAGGAUGCCCAUGAGGGCAGCGACCGUGACGAAGAGGAGGAGGAAGACGAGGAGGAAGAGAUGGACGUGGAGGAGAGCUCCGAGGACUCGGACUCCGAGUCCGAUGAGAAAGAAAACUUCCAGGCCGACCUGGCCAACAUCACCUGCGAGAUCGCCAUCAAGCAGAAGCUGAUCGACGAGCUGGAGAACAGCCAGCGGCGGCUGCAGACGCUGAAGCAGCAGUACGAGCAGAAGCUGAUGAUGCUGCAGGUGAAGAUCCGGGACACGCAGCUGGAGAGGGACCGCGUGCUGCACAACAUGAGCUCGGUGGAGACCGGCACAGAGGACAAGGCCCGGAAGAUCAAGGCGGAGUACGAGAAGAAGCUGAGCGUCAUGAACAAGGAGCUGCAGAAGCUGCAGGCGGCCCAGAAGGAGCACGCCCGCCUGCUGAGGAACCAGUCGCAGUACGAGAAGCAGCUCAGGAAGCUGCAGGCCGACGUGGCCGAGAUGAAGAAGACCAAGGUCCGCCUGAUGAAGCAGAUGAAGGAGCAGCAGGAGAAGAACAGGAUGAACGAGUCGCGCCGGAACAGAGAGAUCGCCUCGCUGAAGAAGGACCAGCGGAAGCAGGAGCACCAGCUCAAGCUGCUGGAGGCGCAGAAGAGACAGCAGGAGCUCAUCCUGAGGAGGAAGACCGAGGAGGUGACGGCUCUGAGGAGGCAGGUCAGGCCGACCUCCGGAAAGGUGAUCAGGAAGGUCAAUCUUCCAGAGCCGGUGCAGGACCCCCACCGCCCCCCGUCCGGACGCCUGUACUCCAGCAGCUCCACCCCCAACGGCUCCCGGCCCUCUUACCGGCGCACUGGAGGUGUGUACUCCACCAGGAUCGCUCGGAACAAAUGGCAGUCUCUGGAGCGGCGCGUUUCAGACGUCAUCAUGCAGAGGAUGACCAUCUCCAACAUGGAGGCCGACAUGAACCGCCUCCUCAAGCAACGGGAGGAGCUGACCAAGCGGCGGGAGAAGGUGGUGAGGAAGAGGGACCGGCUGGUCAGGGAGGGGCCCGAGGCCGACGGGGCGCUGCCCCCCCUCAACGAGGAGGUGGACGCUCUGACGGCCAACAUCGACUACAUCAACGACAGCAUCGCCGACUGCCAGGCCAACAUCAUGCAGAUGGAGGAAACCAAGGAGGAAGGAGACACGGUGGACGUCUCUGCUGUGAUCGGCUCCUGCACUCUGGCUGAGGCUCGCUUCCUGCUGGACCACUUCAUGUCCAUGGCCAUCAACAAGGGUCUGCAGGCGGCUCAGAAGGAGUCCCAGGUGAAGGUGAUGGAGGGCCGGCUGAAGCAGACGGAGAUCACCAGCGCCACCCAGAACCAGCUGCUGUUCCACAUGCUGAAGGAGAAAGCCGAGUUCAACCCCGAGCUGGACGCCCUGCUGGGGAACGCUCUGCAAGAAAACAUGGACGACAGCAGCAGUGACGAGUCGGCCCAGAGCCCCUCGGCGGAGGGCGGCUCUUUGACUUCAGACCUUAUGAAAAUCUGCGGCGAGACCAAAACCAGGAGCAAGGCCCGUCGGAGGACCACCACCCAGAUGGAGCUGCUGUACGCCCACAGCGACCCCCCCGCCGACGGGCCGCCUGCAGACUUCUCGCUGCUGCCUCUGGACUCCCUGGUGGACCCUGCAGACCCCGACCUGCCGGUCAGGGACUUCUCGGCUCUGUCUCCGGGCUUCUCCUCCAAAAUGGGCAGCAUUGCCGGCUCCAGAACGUCGCCGGCCGUGGAGAGGCGAGUUCCCGAGCCUUCGCCGCUCUCUCGCAGGAAGACCUUUGACAAGGCGGCGGCCGACAAGGCAAAGGUCAAGGAGAUGAAACAGGGGGUCAUUAACCCGGUGCCAUCCACCAAGAGCAGCCGCUUGGCGCCGCUGCAGUGCGUCCACGUGGCGGAGGGCCACAGUAAAGCGGUUCUGUGUGUGGACUGCACCGAUGACCUCCUGUUCACCGGAUCUAAAGAUCGGACCUGUAAGGUGUGGAACCUGGUGACGGGGCAGGAGAUAAUGUCCCUGGCCGGUCACCCCAACAACGUGGUGUCGGUGCGCUACAGCUCCAGCCUGGUCUUCACCGUCUCCACGUCCUCCAUCAAAGUGUGGGACAUCCGCGACUCGGCCAAGUGCAUCCGGACGCUGACGUCGUCCGGCCAGGUGCAGCCGGGCGACGCCUGCUCCUCCAGCGCCGGCCGGACCGUCACCAUCCCUGCAGGGGAGAACCAGAUCAACCAGAUCUGCGUGAACCCGGCCGGCUCGGUGCUGUACGCCGCGGCGGGGAACUCGGUCAGAGUGUGGGACCUGAGGAGGUUUGCGUCCACUGGGAAGCUGACCGGCCACCUGGGUCCCGUCAUGUGUCUGACUGUGGAUCGGUCCGGGAACAGCCAGGACCUGGUGAUCACCGGCUCUAAAGACCACUACAUCAAGCUCUUCGACGUGGCUGAAGGGUCCGUCGGCAGCAUCGGCCCCUCUCACAACUUUGAGCCGCCGCAUUACGACGGCAUCGAGUCGCUGGUGAUCCAGGGGGACAUCUUCUUCAGCGGCUCCCGAGACAAUGGCAUCAAGAAGUGGGACCUGGACCGCAGAGACCUGCUGCAGCAAGUCCCCAACGCUCACCGGGACUGGGUCUGCGCUCUGGGCGUCGUGCCCGGCUCUCCGGCCCUGCUGAGCGGCUGCAGGGCCGGGGUGCUCAAGCUGUGGCACACCGAGUCGCUGGGCUCCCUGGGAGAGCUGAAGGGUCACGAGAGCCCCAUCAACAGCAUUUCGGCCAACAGCAGCCUUCUGUUCACCGCCUCAGACGACCGCACGGUGAAGAUCUGGCGAGCGCGUGGCGGCCUGGACGGCACCUACGAGACGGGGGACAAUGUGGACGAGGUUUCCAGUACAUGAAGGCUUCCUGUGACGCUGCUCGCCCUGCACUUUGACCCCUGACCCCACACACACGUCCCCUGUCCAGAGCUUGAAGUCUUACCGAUCAGAGCUAGUUGAAAGUGUUGCUAAUGCUAAUGACUCUUUCUGUAGUCACACCCUGAGCCAGAGGCGAAGGUUUGUGUUCCAUGUGAACGUUGAGAAGGUUUCAGAGCUGAUGGGUUGGUAGCGGGCCUUCACAACCCUCUCAUCCACUUCACCGCGCUGUUUCUCUCCCGUCGCUCCUGAUCCUCAAGUAACUCCAGUGUCUUUUCUCUGCCUGUACGACACAAAUCGUCGUCCUCUCGUGACUCUUCCUUUUCAGACCGAGCUUCAGAUCAGUGAAACUUAAAUAUUUAUAUGAAUAUAGUCUGCUACCACUAAAGAAAGGUCUGAAGUCUCCUUUGAAACUCACUAAAUCAAAUACUUUGCUUUUCCUGAAGCAAAACCAAAGUGUAAAAGUGGUUAAAACAUGCUGUGUUUCCCUCUGAGGUGUGAACUGUGAGGCUAAGGCUAACUUUAUACAGCUGUGUGAAGCUUAGGCUAACUUUAUACAGCUGUGUGAAGCUAACGCUAACUUUAUACAGCUGUGUGAAGCUAAGGCUAACUUUAUACAGCUGUGUGAAGCUAAGGCUAACUUUAUACAGCUGUGUGAAGCUAACGCUAACUUGAUACAGCUGUGUGAAGCUAAGGCUAACUUUAUACAGCUGUGUGAAGCUAACGCUAACUUUAUACAGCUGUGUGAAGGGUUCCUCGUAAUGUUCAUUAAAUGUUUUUGGUCUGAUUUGAAGUGAACACACACGUUAGCUUCAUAUGAGCUAACUCCUCAUCUGAGACACUUGAAGGGAACGUCCAGCUGUCGGUGAACGGCGUUCAUAUCAGGCCGAACCAAAAGAAGACGUGUCGUGUUUCCUCCAGGUCGAACCCAGAACUGAGCUUUAGCUCCACAGCACACACACCUUAACGAUCAGGCAGCAGAAGAUUCAAGCUUCUCGUCUGAUUCCGUGGUUAGGAGCUAAUCUGCUGCUAGCUGUAGCUUGUUGCCAGUCAUAUCUAGCAUUUUGUGCAUCUACUGUUUGUUCCCAGACGUCCCUGAGCACUUGUAUAAAGACGACCUCCUUGUUAAUGUGAGCAGUAACCUUCACGUCUUCUCAACUCUCACUCUGCGCCUGCAGGAAGCUUCCUGUGGUGGACUCCAGGUGACGUCCACGCCUACGUAGCCGUGCAUUUUGUAUAUACGUAAUAGUUUUUUGUUUCCUUUUAGGGAGGAAGCUGGUCCUCCUGCAGGAGCUUCUCACGUAACCAUCACUGAAUGUUUCACGCACACACAGCAGAUGCAGCGAAAGCGUCUGAGUGAAUGUUAGUUUGUGGGACCAUGGAUUUGACGGCAGGAGGAGCUUGACGCUUUGUCUCCUCCGAGGUGGCUCGUUGUGCUCGGUGGCCUCCGGUUUGCCCAGUUUCUACUGUUUUUCUUUGUUUGCUCUCCUCUGUGAGAUCCUGGUGCCUCCUCACUCCCCCUCACCCCGACUGUAGAGAAUCUAAUGUCAGAUGUCUGGUGGGAAUAAACGAUAUCUGUCAAAA